AUGACUAGAGGGAAUCAUAAACGGAAUAGAAAUGAACCUAGAUCAAAAUUUAGAAAACUUUGGAAGGAAAGGGAACAAUUAUUAAGCAAGAAUGUACCAUCGGAAGAUGGAGAAAACAACAUUGAUUCCUCUAUCUUGAAAGAUUCCGCAAAUAUUACUGACUUAAACCAAAAUCUAGAAGUAAAAAGGGUUCACGUUCCUAAAACUAAAUAUGUUAUCUCAUUUGGGUAUGUUGGAACCGCAUACCACGGAUAUCAAAAACAAGUGGAGUAUAAAACAGGUGAAAUGGAUAAGGUUAAAACUGUUGAAGGAACACUCGAAAACUGUUUGUUUAGAAUCGGAGCCAUUAAUGAGGCCUUUAGAAACAUGACACAUAAGUUACAAAUGUCUAAAUGCUCUAGAACUGACAAGGGAGUUCAUGCUGCUUGCACAUACCUUGGAGGUCGUUUCAAUAUCGAUGUUGAGGAUUUAUCAGAUGAUGUUGUAUCUCAAGCUAAGAACCAUCCUUCUGAAUCAAAUGGUGAACUAAGCAAUAAUCUUGAGUCAACGAAAGAUCAAAAAUUAUCAAAUGAAGAUAAGUUUGUACUGAGACUAAACUCAGUAUUACCAGAAGACAUACGCUGUUUCAAAAUCCAAAGAGUUACAAAGGGAUUUGAUGCAAGGACAUUGUGUUCGAAAAGAAAGUAUGAAUACAUUAUUCCGGAAUGGAUACUUUCUAAAAAAUUUGUAGUACCAAAUGAAGACCAUGAAAACCUUUUUAGAAAUUUAGAACUGUUUUUUGAAGAAAAUUUAAAAACUAGAGAUACAAUUAAAUUAAGUAAAUUAAACGAAUCUCUUUAUGAAGUAAAGGGUGAGUAUGAAAAAACUGAAAUAGAUCAUAAGCGACUCGAAGAAAUAUUAAAUUUUUAUCAAGGAACUCACAGCUUUCAUAACUUUACCGUUAAGCAAAAGGAAGAUAUCAACAACAGUUCUAGGUUUAUACAUAAAAUCUAUAUCAAGUCCGACAAAUUACAAGAACUAGAUGUGGUUAAGAUUCUAAUUGUUGGACAGUCGUUUCUAUAUAACCAAAUUAGGAAGAUGAUAUCUUUGGCUCUACAGGUUUACUUAAAGAUUGCACCCAAAAAUUCACUUGAAUUCUCCUUAAACAAAUCCCACAUUCUAAACAUUAACCUGGUCCCUUCAGAAGGAUUAAUACUCCAUCAUCCUUACUUUGAUCAUUACAACACUAAUCGCUGUAAUCCACCUGAAGUUCCUUAUAUUGAAUAUAAGGAUGUUAAACCCAAAGUGGAAGAGUUUAAGAGAGAACAUAUAUACCCUGAAGUUAAAAGAUCAAUAGAUUCUGAUUUGUGGGAAGGAUGGCUUGAAACUAUUCUUAAGUACCCAUUCUAUUUGGAAAACAAUUUACUACCCAAUGGGGAAUCUGUAUAG